GAAGCUAAGCGCGCCUUUCCUUGAAUUGCUGAUCAUUAUUGGAAGGGGAGGGGGCGUGCAUCGCUGGCCCGGCUGCCAGCCUGCUUGUGGGGGGAGCAGGCAGUGCAACAGCCAGCCUGGGGGGGUGAGUGGAGCGUGAGCUGCCAAGUGGAGGAGAAAGGCUGCCUGCCUGCUUGCUGCUGCUGCUGCUUUUGGUGGCCGGGACUGGACGGCCAAUGCCCCCUUCCUGGCUUCUGUGGCUGCUGCCCUGUUUUGCUUCUGUCCCCCCUCUAAGCUACCACAAGUUCCUGCUGCUUGUUUCUCUGCCCCUGAGGAAGGAAACUCCCCUGCAGAGUAAUAGUCAUUUUCAUUGGAUGAACCUGUUCUAAUAUGAAGGAAGGAGCAGAAAAAAACUCUUUACUUCUAUAAGCCACAGACAUGUCUUCUCUUCACUUAAAGAACAGUGCCUUGGCUUCGUAGGACUUUGUAGCCCCACCAAUUACAGCCGUUUCUGCCUUAAACAUCUGUUAGGAGAACAAGGGGACCCCACUGGAGGCUGCCUUGGAGUGAGCAAUGGAGAUGGAAAAACAAGACUCGGCUGGCUGUGAAGCAAGAAGGGGCCUUCAUGUCAUCCAGGCUGGGAGCAAAGGGGAAUUCUGGGGGAAAGCUGUGCAGACGAUCCUGAGUGAGGACCCCAUCAGCUCAGAGGCACAGCGUCGGCAUUUGUGGCAGUUCUGCAACCAGGAGGCUGAGGGGCCUCAAGAGGUUUGCAACAGACUUCGUGAUCUUUGCCAUCAGUGGCUGAAGCCAGAGCGGCAUGUAAAAACUCCGAUUCCAGACAUGGUGAUUCUGGAGCAGUUCCUAACUAUCUUGCCUCCGGAAAUCGAGAACUGGGUCAGAGAAUGUGGACCACAAACUUGUUCCCAGGCAGUGGCCCUAGCAGAAGUUUUCCUGUUGAAUCAAGCAGAGGACAAGAACCAAGAAGAGCAGCAAGUGCAGGUGAAGUCUGAAGUGGCCACUGACCUCCCCGAUGCAGAGGAGGCUCCAUCGGGCACCAACCAGAGACCACUGUUCAGGUGGAUUGUGGAAGAGGGUGAUGGAAGUGCCAUCCCAUGGGGUGAUGGGUGGAAGAGUGAGACUGAGGAAGAACCACACAGACCAUUAUUGGAGAGAGCUAACUAUAAGGAAGAGAGCCCGCAGAGCAAGACAACUGAAGCAAGAGAGAGAUGGGUGGAGGAAUCUUCUGCUUCCCAGCGCAACAACUUCCAGGAACUCUUAGUCCAAGAAAAAAUAGACAAGGGAAAGGAAAGCAGCAAGUGUCCCAUGUGUGGGGAAAGCUUCUGUUGGAAACCAAGCAUGAAGAGCCACCUGAAAACUCAUAUGGGGGAGAGACCUUUUCAUUGCCUCGCAUGUGGAAAUAAUUUCAGGGAAGAAGAUCUUCCUGUGACAGUAGAAGCGGUGAUUGUGUCGGCUGCUACUGGCCCAGCCAGAUCAGUCUCACCAUCCUCCCCAAUCCCCCUUAUCAGUUUAACCUCCCAUUCUGAUAUUAAGGAGGAGCAGGAGGAACUGAUUUCGCUUCCUGGACCUUCUUGGCCCCAGACCGCGGGCAGUGGUGGUGGUGGUGGCGCCCCCCCGAAGGAACCAGCAGACCCAGUACCACCACCACCUAAACGGAGCCGGACCGGCUCUGAUGGCAGCAUUGUGUGGGACCACUUUGAGAUCUGCCCUGGUGACCCUACACAUGCUACCUGUACCCACUGCAGCAAACAGGUCAGCAGGGGGAAGGACCCCAAGCAUCUUUCAACGUCAGGGAUGCUGAGGCAUCUGCAUCGGCAUCAUUCGGAGAUCCUUGCUCCUGUUGGCAGUGCUAGGCCUAGUGUGCCUUCAGUUAGCAGCAGCAAGGCUCCUGCUCUCAAGCAGGGGAAGUUGCUAGUGGCGCAGGGGGUGCAGCCAGUGGGCAAGCAGUCUGGUCACCCAGAGCCUCAUCUCAUCACUCGGGCCAUUGCAGAGAUGAUUGCUUUAGACGACCAGCCAUUCCAGGUGGUGGAGAACGUUGGCUUCCGCCGGCUGCUCCUACUGCUUGCCCCCAAUUAUGAAAUCCCCUCUCGCACCACCUUCAGCAGGUGGGUGGUGCCCUCCCUGUACCGGGCAUGCAGGGAGGCUGUGUCGGGGCUGCUGCAUGCAGCAGCGCCUGACACAAGUGUGCAUUUCACUGCUGAUCUGUGGACCAGCAGCAGUGGGCUGCAUGCCUCUUUCCUGUCCCUCACGGCGCACUGGUGGGGGCAAGAGAGUGAGGGGACGUCUUCUGCUGGAGAUGUGGCCAGCCCUUCCCAUGGAGCCAAGCACAGGUGCGCUCUGUUGCAUAUGGAGGUGGUGGACUCUAACCAUACGGCAGAUGAGCUGUCAGCAGCCAUGGAUCGCCAGGUGGAGGGAUGGCUUUCCGGGCAGCCAAACCUUCACCGAGGGUUCAUAGUGACUGACAAUGGUCUGAACAUAGUGAAGGCAGCUGAGCAGCUUCAGUUUGUGUCCAUCCGUUGUGUGGCGCACACUCUGAACCUGGUUGUGCGGGAUGCACUUGGCCUUUCUGGGGCUAAGGCCAGGCGAGGCAUCCCUGCUGAAGGUGCUGAGCACCAGUCUGCUUCUGCCAUGGCUACUCUUGUAGACAGGUGCCGCAGGAUUGCAGCUUUCUUCCACCGGAGCAAAAAGGGUAGGCGGAAGCUGAAGGAGAGGCAAGUUGAGCUGGGCCUACCUGAACACCUGAUCCCUCAGGAUGUUCCGACCCGGUGGAACUCCACCUUUCUCUUGCUCCAGCGCCUGCAGGAGCAAGAGCCGGCCAUCCAUGGCCUGGCAAAGAGAAAUGGCUUGGAAGUGUGUGACCUAUCCACCCAGGACUGGGUGCUCGUUUCUGAGGUUGUCUUGACUCUCGAGCCAUUCUUUGUUGCCACAAACAGUUUGUGUGCCGAGGCCGCAACGUUGAGCCAGGCUUUGCCCGCGGCUCUUCUCCUCGAGAAGACGAUGGGUGAGCUCCAGUCCACGCUGAACACUGAGGAAGCAAUCGCCUUGGCAGGUCGGCUGAGGACUGGAGUGGUGGAUCGGCUCAGCACACCCUUGGGUGAAUCAGCAGCACAUGUUUUGUCCUGCCUAUGUGACCCCAGAAUGAAGGGCAAAGCUGUCACCCCUGACCAGCUGCCCAGGUGGAGGGCCCUCCUGGUUGAAGAGGUUAGGCAAGCCCAAGAGAGGAGGCUGGGGCGCAGCCAGGAGGAGGGUGCUGGAGUGCCUACUGCUAGUGCACAGUCCACCCCUAGCAGCAGCAGCACCACCACCACCUCCGGGUCCAGCAGCAUGGUGUCCCUGGCAGGGUCGGCAGAGCCGGUAGUUCCACCUCAACAUUCCACUCGGUGGUUCAAACAGAGGUCCCUUGGCGUCUUGCCAGGGUUACAGGAGGAGCCCAUGGAGCCCUUUAGCAAUGCUGAGCAGAGUGUUCUGCAGUACCUGCAGGAGCCAGUAGCAGACCUGGAGAUGGAGCCGAUCCAGUUUUGGGCAACGCAUCACCAAGUCUGGCCAGACUUGGCCACAGUUGCCAGGCGGUUCCUCUCAUGCCCGCCCAGCACUGUCCAGAGCGAGAGGGUGUUCUCCAUGGCUGAGGAUGUGGUGACACCCCAUCGCUCACGCUUGGAGGCUGAUUUGGUGGAGCGGCUGGUCUUCCUAAAGGCCAACCUCCCCCUGCUGGGCUAUCCAGAGGGAACAAUGGGGAAACUCGAAACAGCUCAUCGUUCCCCAUUGGUAGCUCCUAGGGAUACCAUAGUGAGUUGUGUGGUAGAGCAUGAUGGGUGCGACCUAUUGCCCAGCCCACAAAAGAAAUGAGCAAGUGGGUGAUUUUAAACAAAUGUUUAACCUUUUCCCAAAACCCACAUAGGAUGCAAGCCAAGUUUGCAUGCAGUGGCUGCCUUCUGGCACUAGACUGAUUCCUCUUGGUUUGAGCGGUACCUUAACUGACCUGAUUUGGGAAUCAUCAGGGGACUCUGGCAGCAUGCAGCUAUGUUUCUGAUUAGCAUUCAGGCUGAUUGGAAAACUACAUUUUCUCAGAUAUGUUACAAAGAGGAGGGCUUCUCAAAUGUGGGUCCCUGGGUGGUGUUGGACUACAACUUCUAUCAUCCUGAGUCUGUGGUCAUUGUGGCUGAGGAUGAUGGGGAUUGUAGUCCAACAACAUCUGGAGACUCAUGUACAGGCACCCCUGUGUUAUAAGAGAGUGGACAGGCAGUAUCGAUUGCAGCAGAACUGUGCUCCAUAGUGAGAACUUCACUACUGAGAACGCCCCGAAUGGUUAUAGUGGCUGAUCCAAGCUGCUUUCAGAAUGUAACUGAUUUUACCUUUUUGCAAAGCUUUGUUGUGUUUUAAUUUGUAAACCACCCAGAGUUUUUAUAUGGAGCAGUAUAUAAAUAAAUGCAAUAAAUACAGCAA